ACGUGUAUUUGUUGAUCCUUGCUUUCGGAUCUCCGGAAUGGCUUCGAGUGUCACCCAUUCUUUAUGACGAUCAGUACUCUCGGUUGCCCAACUAUGACUGAAAAAACGUUGAGAUCUAUUUCGACGUUAUUCCUCGCCUGCGUUCCGGUCGCCGAACUGAGGAAAUUGCUGGAUACGGUGCCGAGGGAACUACUGACGCAGGAAUUUCAGGAAGCGUUGAUCGACCGCACAGUUCUCCAUCCUACUGCGUUAGCUUACCCGCCGAGGCCGGCGUACAUAAUCAAUUUCCUCAAGUGUCUCAUCAACAAGCUAGAAGAAAAAAAUGUCGAGAUCACAGACAGCCUGUACGUCCACUUUGCCGAGAAACUCGGAGGUGUGAACAGCGACGAAGACAUCCCCGGCUUCGUCACGUACACCAUCGACGCUCGCACGACAGUCACGUUAAAAGAACAUGCGGCUUUUGUGGUUGGUGGGACGACAGGCCUCACAACAUGGCAG